ACCUGAAAGAGAGUUUCACCCGAUCAGAGAUUAUCUAUGUACCACGGACGCAAAAUACAAAGGCGGAUAGAAUAGCACGCAGUGUUAGGAAGCAGCCGUCUUUCGUCGUUCACAUGGAUAUAGAUCACCCGGUUUGGUUUACAGAGUCAGUAUGAGUCAAGUCGAUGACAAAAAAAAAAGGUAUAUAGAAAAAACAAAAGAAGAACACAGAUUUUGACUCGCCGUUGUUGGGUGUCAACACGAAGAAAUGUCUAGGGUUCUAAGUCAGUCAAUGAUAGUGCGUGAACCUCUCUGCCUCCGUCUACAUUGGACUGCUUGGAACGCGGACGCAGGUUUCGUUUAAAAAAAAAGCUAAUAUUCUAUAAAUUUUCAAUUUAAAUGAGUUUCGUGAUGCGUUUUCAUAAAAAGAUAAAUCAUAGAUUUUUAUUAAUCAAAAUAAUUAUGAAAAUCAGUUUUAUCACUAUUUGGUUCAGAUUCAUUUCAUAAAUAACAUAUUUUAAAUUGACAUACAUAGGAUCAAGUAUACAUGUAUAUUGACUAGAAAUCUUGCUUACUUUUUCAAAAAAUUGAAAAAUUUAACAUUUAUUUUUUGAUUAAAAAUAAUAAUUAAGAUAUUUUGUAAUGAUAAAAGUUUCAUUUAGUUAAAGUUAAUUGUCAAAUCCAAUAAUAGGUGUUUAAAAAGAAACCAGAAUAGGUAUAAUACGAAUCAUUUUUGAUGAAAUAAUUUCAAAUUAUAUAUUUAAAUGAAAUAACUCAAAUAUAUGAUAUAAUUCCCUUUAUUUUACUACUAACUUAAUACUAAAUAGCGAUUUAAAUAUAUGAUAUUAAAAUUUAAAAUGAUGGUUGUCAUUUGACCCUUUUAGUUACUAUUGGAGUUUGAAGUCUUAGCAUGCUGAAGAAUUUUUAAAAACUUUAUGGCUAGAUUUGCUUAUGCAACUUAAACUCGAUUGAUGUGUUAGCUUUCUAUUUUUCCUAAAUAAUUUAUAUCAAAUUAUAAAUGUAAUAAAAAUAUUUGUGAAGUGUAAGAUACCAAACUUAAUAAUUCUAUUUAAUAUGUUUUCAAAUUGAUGAAAAUUAAAUAAGAAAUUAUGGUUAUUUUUUAGUUGCCACUAGUAAUUGUGGUCUAUUCAAAGAUUGUUUGUAAGCUAAUAUAACAAAAAUGAAUAACAUAAUCAUUAUUAGUUAAAGUAUUUAGUGAUAAAACCUAGCUCUAAACUAUUUUUGAAUCAAAAUAAAAAUCGAAAUAAAAUCUUUCAAUUAGCUUUUAACAUUUGAAAUCUUCAACUUAAAAAUCGUUAGCGUUUUUCAACUUCCGUCUAUAAUACUGUUUAUUUUGGAUUACAAACUUUAAUGCCGUUUAUAAUGCUGUUUUAUAGUUAAAUAUUUUGGUUGGGGAUUUCAUCAUUAAAGGCUGAUAAUGUUUUGGUAAAAGCUUGUAAAAUAGGAUUGAGGUUUAUAAAUAACUAAAAUAAGAUUAAGAUUUAUAAAUUUAUUUAUAAAAACUUGUAAAAUUAGUUAGAAAACUUAUAAAAUUAGUUAUAAAAUCAUUUAUAAAGCCUUACUAGUCACUUAUAAGAUGUAAUAAAAUCAGUUAUAAGAGUUCAAACAAUAAAAAAGUGUUUUUAAAAGUUUAUAAUUUUAUUUAUACAAUAUAUUAAUCAUUUCUAAGAGCUUAUAUGAUAUUUAAAAAGACUUUUAAAUUACUUCUAUGAUUUGUAAAAAAUGUAUAAAGCUUAUAAGAAUUUGUAAAAUAAUUUAUAAAGGCUUAUAAGAAUUUUUAAAAUAAUUUGUAAAGGCUUAUAAAUAAUUUAUAAAAGUUAAUAAACAAUAUAGCAUGAACUAUAGGCUUAUGAAAUAAUUGAUAAAGCUUUAUUAAUCAUUUUUAAGGGCUUAUAAAUUGGUUAUAAAAUUGAUAAUUAGUGCAUAAAUAUUUGUAAAUUAUUUUAAUACUUUUAAAUCGGUUAUAGGAGUUUGAAAAUAAUUGAUAAAUGAUUAUACGAGGAUUAAAUGAUUUUACAUUCGUAUAACCAAUUUUACAAAAAAAUAUUUAUCUUUUGGCAAUCCAUUAAGCGUUUGAUUUAAGUUACUAGCUUGACUUUGUGAUAGAUCUUAGUGGGGUUGAGCAUGAGGGCUUGUUCCAAAACAAGCUCCACAAUCAGUGAUUUUAUAAGGGAUAUUUAACGAUAAAACUCUUCAACUAAAUUUAUACCAGGUAGAAACCCCUAAACUAAUUUUAUUUAAUGGAUUAAAUAAUUUCUCUACCGAUUCUACGAGUAAAUCUUUAGUUUACAAUCUUAACUAAACUUAGUUGGAGGUUUUAAACAUUAAAAAUAAAAAUAUAAUUAAAACUAUUUAAAAAUUUUAGUAACUCAGUUUUAUAAAAUUAGUAUUUCUAUGCUACUUUUAUUCACUUUUCAGUUUUUUUAUAGAUUAUUUUACAAGCUUUCAGAGAUAAAUUCCUUUCAACUAAUUUUUAACUGUUUUUCAUUUAAAAUAGAUGUAUUUUGAACAAAGAUUACAAACGUUAACAUUUUUUUUUGUCAUCAACAUAAACAAACUCAUAAAAACUCUGUAAACUAAAUUGAUAAUUCUAUAUCCAUAUGGAUGAGCGACAAAUGACGGUUGUCUCUUGACACUGCGUGAUCUGGAACUAUAAAAUACUUAGCGUAAACUUUAGGAUCUACAGUUACGACCACUGAUUUUAGAUGAUUUCUUUGUUGGUACAAGAAUUUUAUGUAAUAACGACUAAAUUUUGUUUUUAUCAUGUUAGACGCUAUAGUAAUAUUAUAUAUUUUAAUAUUUUAAUAACAUUUACUUAUUAGUAAUCUAAUGUCAUAAUAUUUUUUGGGUCCACCAGUAACUAUGAUGCGGAGGAUAUCAGGAACGGAUACAACUUUUGUUUCAUAAGCAUCACCACAUAACUAUACUUUAACGUCCUACCGCCUGUGGCUACUGAGCUAUCCACGCCUAUUCAUUCUAUUUCAUGCGACGGGGUUCGUUAAUUUUUUGGAGGCUCAUUAGUCAUAUUUACUGCCUCAACAAUUACAACAUGACAUUUCUCGAUAUGUCACACAUCCUUCUAUUGCUGCAUCUCAACCACGUUUAACUCUUAAGCUUUUCUAUAUAUACCAAAAAUUGGGAUAUUACAAUUCACUCACUCAAAGAACGCUCUUUCUUUGCGCACCACUACAUGUCUGAAGGUGCCUCUCGGAUCAGAACCGAGAUGACUAAUUUCGCUCUGAUACCACUUAUAACGUCCCGAUCGCCCACGGAUAAUGUGCCGGUCCGUGGGUCUUAUUCCGUGCGAUUGGCGGUUCGUUAAUUUUUUUAAAUCUCAUUAGUCAUGUUUAUUGACCAUGCAAUCACCACAUGAUCUUUCUUCGUGUUUUGGCCUCAAUCGCAUAAUAUUGUGAAUUUAUAGGUCAUUCAUCUUUCUAUUACUCCAUCUUAAACACUUUUAACUAUGGAAUUUUAAAUAAAUAUCUUCUUAUAUAGAUAUGCGCACUUUGGGGACGUAGGUAAUCAAAUCAAUAUUUUAAAACCUUUUCACAUAUGCCCUGAUUUUCUAUUACCUAUAUAUUAUGUAUACGUUUGAUCAUAGGAGAAAAUACAUUUAUGAAUUAAGGCUAAGGAGUAUUGGAGUUUAAAAAAAAAAAUAUUCCGAACGGUUACCAAUAAAAACAAGCCUGUGGUCCUCGGCGGCCAUUAGGAAACAAGAGUCUUUUUUGAGUUUUAACAUUUCCACCAAAAACAGAACUCAUAAGAGUCUAUGAGUUUUUAACAUUUGUACCCAAAAAAGCUUUUAUGAGUAGCCGACGACUACGUGGAAAUAAGCCAGUAGUUUCCAGUACAGUCUCAUUUAAUAUUCCUUUUGACAUUUCCUCUUCUCUUUACGUGUUUUGCAUAUAUAUAUGUGAACAACUAACUUGUUUACUCAACAAGCCACUAGUAACUUUCUUCAAACUCUCUUUUGCUCUAGCUCUCUCAUGGCUACUUCUUCUUCUUUGUCUCACGUUAUACACUCAAUCUUCCCGAGCUUCCACGGGCCAGAUGUUCGUAGAGAAUUCCUCAGUCAUUUACACAAUGUCUUUGCGAGGAAACAAAUCACGAUGUUCGAUGAUCAGAAGAUGGAGAGAUGCCAGACGAUCGGACCUGUGCUCAUACAAGCCAUUAGACAAGCAAAAGCAUCCAUCGUUGUGCUCUCUAGGAAUUACGCUUCUUCGAGCUGUUGUUUAGAUGAACUACUUGAAAUCUUGAAGUGCAAAGAAGAUUUGGGGCAGAUUGUGAUGCCAAUUUUCUACGACGUUGAUCCAUCUGAUAUACGGAAACAGAAGGGAGACUUUGGUGUCGCGUUCAAGAAAACCUGUGAAGGUAUAGCAGAGGAAAAGAAGCGGAGAUGGAUCGAAGCUUUGACAUGUGUAGCAACCAUAGUGGGAGAACACUCUCGUAACUGGAAUGAUGAAGCUGCGAUGCUCGAAAAGAUUUCCACAGUUAUGUUGGAAAAACUGAAAAUGGAAAAGUUAUGGGAAAUGUUUAGGAGUCACGAUAUAGACCGGAAUGGUUUCAUAAAUGAACAAGAGCUUCGAUAUUCUAUGACAAGAGAUGGGGGGAAAGUAACCGAUGAAGAAGUUCGUAUGAUCAUCAAGGCAGCGGAUGUUGAUUCUGAUGGUCGGAUCAGCCAUAAUGAGUUCGCCAAAUUCAUCGAAACGUGAGGGAUUCUUAAACCUUCUUAAAGCCUUUAAGCUGAAGAUAAAAAAUAAUAAGAAAUUACGAUGUUUUACAGGAAAUUUUCACCAUGAUUUAGAAUGUUUUUGUCUUUCUUAAUAGUUGAGAUUCGAUAGUGGGUUUCUAAAAUUUUGUAAAUUUUUGUUUCUCUUUUGUCAGGGAUAAUAUAGAAAAAGUUUCCAUGUUCGGAAAGUUUGCCACAGAUGUUACACUGUCAUGGGAUGAAAAGAAAGAAAUGAUUCAAUGGUUUAGGCUUCUGGAUGUAAACCAGAAUGGUUUCAUAACUGCGGCAGACUAUCAAAAAUAUAUUUUGACAAAUUAUGGGAAAAAAGUAACCGACGAGGAUGCUCAUAAUUUCAUCAAAGCAUUUGAUGUUGAUUGCGAUGGUCAGGUCAGCUAUGAUGAAUUCGUCAAACUGACGAGGUGAUGCAGUGUCUUAUAAGACCAUCUAUAUAUACAAGAGGGAAAGUGAUGUGUAUGAUUUAUGAAGCUUCGUCGACUAGGUUAGGCGAGCAGAAGUAUCUCGUUGAAGAAAUGUGAUAAUGUGUAUAGUUGUACUCUUUUUCCUUAUUAUGAUGUUUAUAUCCCACUAAAUUUUUUCAUGACAAUGUUUUAAAAAAGCAACAAAGAACACAUAAAUGAUAAACACUCAAAAAAUAUAUUAGAAUUUCAAAGAUAUAGGUUUAUCAUUGUUCUAAAGUCUUUGAGAUCAAGGGAACGAAGGAAAACGACCAAAUCACUUCUUUUUUUUUUCUAACCAAGAAAAAUAGUAAUCUUGUUGCUUAAAAAAAGAAUAGUAAUCUUUACAAUGAGAGAGUGUUAUGGUACUUAAACAACUUUGAAUUACCAAGCAUUUACAGGAACAGAGGAGGAAGACGAUUUUGAGCUGAUGGCUGAGACGCAGCCUUUAAGGCGAUCAAGAAUGGCGUGUUUGGUCUUCGUGAGGUUUGCGUGUGACGUCAGAGGCAGCCCUUCUUUGACACAUUCGUCGUACUUCUCUAGCACCGCCACAAUGUUUGAGAAGUCCGGACGCUUCGAAGGGUUCUCCGACCAACACCUCUUGAUCAGGUGAUCAAGUUCUGGUUGACAGCUCGCCGGCAAUGGCGGUCUCUCGUUCUGCUCAUAUUAAUAUUAGAUAAAUACUGAAUGUUUCAUGCACGUAACAUAUUCAAGUAUGACUUGUAUCCCAAGCAAACACAACACACAAUCUCAAUGUUCUUUUUUUUUGACUGACUAUGAGGUUACGAGCCCAAAGAUCACGUACAUCUAGGACGAGACCACUACCAUGUUAAAUUAAAUCUCUUUAGAAAAGUAGAUCUUUUGACCCAGAAAAAAAAAAGAAAAGAAAAAUUGAUCCUUCGCACCCUUCCCAUGGAAAUCGAAGCUAUCACCCUUUAGACUUCAAUCUCAAAUGUCUAUCACAAGAUGUUAAGAGACUGACCUUUUCAGCGACUGCAAAUGCGGCUUGCACUGGAGUCAUGCCUUGGAACGGAAGCAAGGCAGUGGUGAGUUCCCAUAGAACGAUCCCAAAGCUAUAAACAUCCACUUUUCUAGUGUAAGGCUUAUCCUUGAUCAUCUCUAGAGCCAUCCAUCGAUAAGUUCCCAUGUUACCCUUGGCCUCUCUGCAUUGCGUCUCAAGACAAGAAGUCCCAAAAUCUGCAACUUUAACUCUCAUUUCAUCAUUCAAAAGCAAAUUGUUGGACUUAAGGUCUCUGUGGAUUAUUGUAUAUAGAAAAAACAAAAGAAGAACACAGAUUUUGACUCGCCGUUGUUGGGUGUCAACACGAAGAAAUGUCUAGGGUUCUAAGUCAGUCAAUGAUAGUGCGUGAACCUCUCUGCCUCCGUCUACAUUGGACUGCUUGGAACGCGGACGCAGGUUUCGUUUAAAAAAAAAAGAGCUAAUAUUCUAUAAAUUUUCUAUUUAAAUGAGUUUCGUGAUGCGUUUUCAUAAAGAUAAAUCAUAGAUAUUUUUAUUAAUCAAAAUAAUUAUGAAAAUCAGUUUUAUCACUAUUUGGUUCAGAUUCAUUUCAUAAAUAACAUAUUUUAAAUUGACAUACAUAGGAUCAAGUAUACAUGUAUAUUGACUAGAAAUCUUGCUUACUUUUUCAAAAAAUUGAAAAAUUUAACAUUUAUUUUUUGAUUAAAAAUAAUAAUUAAGAUAUUUUGUAAUGAUAAAAACUUCAUUUAGUUAAAGUUAAUUGUCAAAUCCAAUAAUAGGUGUUUAAAAAGAAACCAGAAUAGGUAUAAUACGAAUCGUUUUUGAUGAAAUAAUUUCAAAUUAUAUAUUUAAAUGAAAUAACUCAAAUAUAUGAUAUAAUUCCCUUUAUUUUACUACUAACUUAAUACUAAAUAGCGAUUUAAAUAUAUGAUAUUAAAAGUUAAAAUGAUGGUUGUCAUUUGACCCUUUUAGUUACUAUUGGAGUUUGAAGUCUUAGCAUGCUGAAGAAUUUUUAAAAAACUUUAUGGCUAGAUUUGCUUAUGCAACUUAAACUCGAUUGAUGUGUUAGCUUUCUAUUUUUCCUAAAUAAUUUAUAUCAAAUUAUAAAGGUAAUAAAAAUAUUUGUGAAGUGUAAGAUACCAAACUUAAUAAUUCUAUUUAAUCUGUUUUCAAAUUGAUGAAAAUUAAAUAAGAAAUUAAGUUUAUUUUUUAGUUGCCACUAGUAAUUGUGGUCUAUUCAAAGAUUGUUUGUAAGCUAAUAUAACAAAAAUGAAUAACAGAAUCAUUAUUAGUUAAAGUAUUUAGUGAUAAAACCUAGCUCUAAACUAUUUUUGAAUCAAAAUAAAAAUCGAAAUAAAAUCUUUCAAUUAGCUUUUAACAUUUUAAAUCUUCAACUUAAAAAUCGUUAGCGUUUUUCAACUUCCGUCUAUAAUACUGUUUAUUUUGGAUUAAAAACUUUAAUGCCGUUUAUAAUGCUGUUUUAUACUUAAAUAUUUUGGUUGGGGAUUUCAUCAUUAAAGGCUGAUAAUGUUUUGGUAAAAGCUUGUAAAAUAGGAUUGAGGUUUAUAAAUAACUAAAAUAAGAUUAAGAUUUAUAAAUUUAUUUAUAAAAACUUGUAAAAUUAGUUAGAAAACUUAUAAAAUUAGUUAUAAAAUCAUUUAUAAAGCCUUACUAGUCACUUAUAAGAUGUAAUAAAAUCAGUUAUAAGAGUUCAAAAAAUAGGAUACAAUCACUUCUCAAAAAUUGUUAGGGUAAACUUUUUAUAUUCAUUAGUCUCACCACAAAGCAUCUCCAUAGCCAAGAAAAAUCCCAUCUUUGCAUGGACAUACGUGUUAGUAUAGACUUUUUAUCCCUACAUGGUUGAAGCCUAUCCAUACGCGUAUGAACUAUUUUUAUUUAAAGAGUUUAAAUAUCACCGUGGUGACAUAGGUUCGAACUCGAAAUCUCUGACACUCAUCUGUGAGAAGGAGGUUCUAGUUGGAUACAAACACUUCAAAACUGAAAAAUUUAGGGUAAACUUUUAUAAGAACUAUCCCACCGUAAGGGAGUGCGGUUCCAUAUCUAGAAAAAACCCAUCUCCGGCCUGGAUCUACAGAUUAGUAUACACUAUUUAUUUCUACGUGUAAUAGAAAUUUUUUAUUUGUAGAGACUAAAAGCAUCCACGUCGGUAUGUUCUAAGAGGUGUUCUCAUGAUUAAAUUAAGGGAAAUUAGGGAGUAUAACCAUGAAAAAAAUCAUAAUUCACCAACUAGCCAUUUUCCUUACCAAACCUAUACACACUGUUAUAAAUCUAUAUUAAUACCCUUUGCAUCUACCGGUUUAACCUGCUAACUAAAAAAAAUAAAAAAAAAUUCUUAACUCACCAAAAUUAAAUUGUAGACUAUCCAACUUCGAAAGGCGAAGAAGACACCACCACUAGUUCUCAGAGAAGUUUUGUGGAAGAGAAGAUUGGUUAGGAAGCUUUGUCGAAGACGAAAUGGGGAGGCUUCUCCGAUUCCAAAGCGACAGUCGUGAAGAUGCUAGAAUAUGUACGUAUUUGGUUUGAAGUAAAUCUAUGUCUCGUGUUGGAGAAGAUGAACAGUUUUUUUUAUUAUGUUCUAUUCUAUUAUAUUCAUAUAGAAUAUAAAUAUAAAACAAUAUAUAUUUUUUAUGCGAUAAAUUCUAUUUCA